UCCGCCACCAUUUAUUGGUGCCUAUCCGCCAUACAUACCCCACCACUACCCACAUACACUUUUUCAAUCUCCCUUCACCUUCUUCUUCUUCUUCUCAUGCUUCUCUGCCAUUAAUGCUUCUUCCCAUUUUGCUUCUAUACUAUACCCCACUUUCCCUUUCACAACCCCACCUCUCUUAAACCUUCAACUUGUACUUCGAAUGAUUGUUCUUCUAUAAGAACCAAAACCAAACGAAAACUCAACUCCAUGAACAAGAAGAAUCCAACACCACCACCAUGACCCACUUGGAUUUCCUCAAGAAAUUCAAGCGCUAUAGCCCUCUAGACCCUUCUCUGAGUUUCUUCUUCGCUGCCCUUCUCUUCAUUGCCUGCUUCUUCUACCUUGAUUAUGGUGGGUUUCGCUCUAGGGGCACCACUCUCCUCGCCGUGCACUUCUCCUCCUCCCCCGUGCCGUUCUCUUCAUCUUCUUCAUCUGUUCAGUUUCUGGGUCAAGAUGGUGAUGGGUGUGAUGUGUUUGAUGGGAACUGGGUUUGGGAUGAGACUUACCCACUUUACCAUUCUGCUAACUGUUCCUUCUUGGAUCAAGGCUUUCGCUGCUCUGAGAAUGGUAGGCCUGAUGCCUUUUAUACCAAGUGGCGAUGGCAGCCCAAGGAUUGCAACUUGCCAAGAUUUGAAGCAAGGAAUAUGUUGGAAAAGCUACGGAACAAGCGGCUAGUUUUUGUUGGUGAUUCAAUUGGAAGGAAUCAAUGGGAAUCACUCCUUUGUAUGCUCUCUUCUGCCAUUAAAAACAAGAGUGCUGUCUACGAGGUUAAUGGGAGCCCAAUCACGAAACACAUGGGCGUCUUGGCGUUCAAGUUUGAAGAUUUCAACUGCACCGUUGAAUACUACAGGUCACCAUUUCUAGUAGUACAAGGACGGCCUCCACCUGGAGCACCUAAAGAGGUAAAAAUGACUCUGAGAGUGGAUCGCAUGGACUGGAUAUCUCAUCACUGGAGAGAUGCAGAUGUGUUGGUUCUCAAUGCUGGACACUGGUGGAAUUAUGAGAAGACUCUGAAACUGGGCUGUUACUUCCAAUUAGGGGUGGAAGUGAAGAUGAAUAUGACUACAGAGGAUGCGUUCAGAAAAUCAGUUCAGACUGUAGUUGAUUGGAUUGCUAGUGAAGUAAACACAAACAAAACUUAUGUCCUUUUCCGAACUUAUGCUCCUGUGCACUUCAGGGGUGGUAAUUGGAACACCGGUGGUGGUUGUAACUUGGAAACGCUACCUGAUCUUGGCUCCAUCCCUGAAGUCUCUGACAUGCAUUUCAGAACUGUCUUUGAUGUCUUAUCAGAGCACACGAGUAAAUCUAGAGUUUUGAAGUUAGACUUGCUUAAUGUCACCCAAAUGUCGUCACGCAGGAAAGAUGGCCAUGCAUCUAUUUACUACCUUGGGCAAGACAAGGGCCCAGCCUCUAUGCAGCGGCAAGAUUGCAGCCAUUGGUGCCUCCCCGGUGUUCCCGAUUCAUGGAAUGAGAUUCUUUACGCACUUCUUCUUAAGCGGGAGGCCUUUCGCGAACGGACUACGGCUUUUCGCGAACGGAAUACAACAAGAGUUUCUCAAGUUUCAGUAUAAUCAGUCUAUACAGUUUGCAAAGAACAUGCUUAUACAAACAUUUGCCAACUCUUGCUGUGCUGCCAUCUCUAUCAUUGAUCAAUGAUGUGAAGCUUGAAGUUGAUUUUGGCAUCAGUGGUCAGUCUCAUAGUUAGUGCGUCUAACUAAUUUGUGUUCUCAAGUGAAGCGCAUCUACAAUUAAUUCUGAAAUCAUACCGAGUUCUUGAAAGAAGUUUUUGUGAAUAGCUUCUAAAUUUCAGAACUGAUUCAAGAGAACCCGAUUCAAACAUGUUAGAAGUAGGUCCUAAGCUAUUCUAAUUUCCUUCAAAAUGAUUGAUUGAUGACCCUCUUUGUAGUGGUCUGCCAUUGUAGGUGAACACACCCACAUGGGAACUUAUGUUGGAUUUUGAAUUUCAGGGAUAGCUUUUGUAGGGGAAAAAUACAUAUACACUGGAUCAGAAUUCAGAAGGCAUAUAUACAACUUUUUUUUUCUCUGUUUUGUUGUAAAUUUCAUAUUACUUUGGUCUUCAAAAGUGUAGUAGACAUUAUUGAGUCCUUGAUGUUUCGGUUUGUACAUAGUAUAUAGAAAGUCCUUGGUUUA